ACUCCGGCGAGAAGAAGGCCCCGGUCCUCACGGUGUUCAUCGGUGGGAACCAUGAGGCGUCCAACCACCUGCAGGAGCUGCCCUACGGCGGGUGGGUGGGGCCCAACCUCCGGCGGGUGGGGGCCCCCCAACAUCUACUGCCUCGGUUACGCGGGCGUGGUGCGGUUCCGCGGCGUGAGGAUCGGCGGCAUCUCGGGCAUCUUCAAGUCUCACGACUACCGGAAAGGCCACUUUGAGUGUCCACCAUACAACCAGCAAACAAUUAGAAGCGCUUACCAUGUGAGGAAUAUUGAAGUCUUCAAACUCAAGCAGUUAAAGCGUCCAAUUGAUAUAUUUAUGUCACAUGACUGGCCAAGGAGCAUAUAUCACUAUGGAAACAAGAAACAGCUUCUUAAAAUGAAAUCCUUCUUCCGUCAAGAAGUGGAGAGCAACACAUUAGGAAGCCCUGCUGCUUCAGAGCUUCUGCAGCAUCUGAAACCCACCUACUGGUUCUCAGCACAUCUUCAUGUUAAAUUCGCAGCUUUCAUGCAACACCAGACAAACUCCAAAGAAGAGCUACCAAAAGCAACAAAGUUUUUGGCUCUGGAUAAAUGCCUGCCGCAUAGAGACUUUCUGCAGAUAAUAGACAUAGAACAUGAUCCUAGUGCAGGUGACUCGCUGGAGUAUGAUGCUGAGUGGAUUGCAGUCCUCAAGGCCACCAACAGUCUUGUUAAUGUGACUCAAAGCUCAUGGAAUAUGCCUGAAAAGAAUGGCCUCCAUGCAAAGUGGGAUUACAGUGCAACAGAAGAAGCCAUCAAAGAAGUGUUAGAAGAAUUGAAUCAUAACCUCAAAAUUCCUUGUAACUUCACGUUGACAGCUGCUUGUUAUGAUCCCAGCAAGCCCCAAAAACACGUGGAACCUGUUCAUACCAUCAAUCCACAGACCACUGAGUUUUGUGCCCAGUUUGGCCUCACUGACAUCAAUGACAGGAUCCAGCAAGCUAAAGAAGAGGGCUCAGUACGAGGAGAAUAUGAAGAGGAGGAGGAGGAAGAGGAGAUGGACAGUACUGGGUCAGCAGAAGAACCCAGUGAAUAUAAUACAGAUAAUUCUGGACUUUCAUCCAUUAAUCCAGAUGAAAUAAUGCUGGAUGAAGAAGGUGGCGAUGAAGAUUUGAGUACAUGUUCUGUAGAUCCUUCCCCUGAUCAUCCCCCUGACUUUUCUGCAAGUUUUUCAGACAUCCGGAUCAUGCCAGAUUCCAUGGCGGUAUCGUCUGAUGAUGCUAUGGAUUCUACUAAUGAGGAACUGGAGAAAUCUGGUGUGAGUAAGCAGGUGGAAGAGAAGAGCUUAAAUGAGAGACCAUUAAAGCGUAUUGGUGGUAAUGAAAAUGGAAACAGUGGCAUUAAAAAAAUUAAGAGAAGGAAUCAAGCUAUCUAUGCUGCAGAGGAUGAAGAUAAAACAGAAUAAUACUUCAUAUGAUGUAUAAAUAAGAUCUCUCCGUACCUUUUUAUGGGAAGGUGGUGAGACCUGUCGUGGACUACUCAUGCUUUUAAUGUUUCUUGAUCUCAUUUAUGUUACUUAAGCUGAAGAGGCUGUAGGAACCUCUUGCAGGAAAGAUGAUUUAUCUGGAUUAAACAUCGAAGUCAGAAGCAGACUUUUCCAACAGCGCUUUGUCAGAGGAUUUAAAGCUCAUGUAUAAUCAGUUGAUUUUGCUUCAGUUCUUGGUUAUUAGUGUAUACUAUGUAUCUUCAGCCGUACUGCUAUACAAGAUUCACCAUGCUUGUUUAACAAGAAAAGAACUCUUAAACUAUAACUCAAGUCAAAGUGACAGGAUGUCUGACGUACAAGACUGAAUUAUUUGAUUUUAUUGCUUUUGUCUUGUUUUAUACUGACCUUUUAAUACAAAGUAGCAUAUGCAAUAACUCUGUGAACUAAAUUUGAAAAUAGAAUUCCCAUGAUAACAAAACAGCAAUAGAAGAGUGAAGAUU